AUGUUCUGGAAACUUCCAUCCAUAUCCGCUUCCUCUCCGGUCGAGGUAGUAUUGGACAAGGAGUACUACACUUUGGAAGAGCUUCUGGAUGAAGAGGAAAUAAUCCAGGAAUGCAAGGCCUUGAACAGUCGUCUCAUUAACUUUUUGAGAGAUAAAGAGCAGGUUGAGCAAUUGCUUCGCUACAUUAUUGAAGAACCACCAAUUGAUGCUGAAAACAAACGGGUCUUCAAGUUUCCGUUCAUGGCCUGUGAGAUCUUUACAUGUGAAAUUGAUGUCAUUUUAAAGACCUUGGUGGAUGAAGAAGAGCUCAUGAACUUAUUGUUCUCCUUCCUGGAGCCUGACCGUUCUCAUAGUACCUUGCUGGCUGGGUACUUCAGCAAGGUUGUUGUUACUCUAAUGAUCCGGAAGACAGCACAGCUUAUCAGUUAUGUUCAAGCCCAUCAGCAUGUGUUUCGCCAACUGGUUGAUUUGAUAGGCAUUACAUCCAUCAUGGAGGUUUUGGUUCGACUAGUCGGUGCUGAUGAUCAUGCAUAUCCCAAUUUUAUAGAAGUGAUGCAAUGGUUGGCUGAGAGCAAUCUGCUAGAGAUGAUUGUUGAUAAAUUAAGUCCCUCGAGUCCCCCUGAAGUUCAUGCCAAUGUAGCUGAAACAUUAUGUACAAUAACUCGAGUUCCAUCAUCCACUUUAGCAAUUAAGCUUUCAAGUCCAAGUUUUGUUGCAAAAAUUUUGGAUUACGCAUUGGACAAUUCACAAUCGAAGUCUAGUCUUGUCAACUCACUCUGUGUGUGUAUUUCUCUACUGGAUCCCAAAAAAUCAGCUGUUUCAUCUUCACUUUUUCAUUCAUUCCGAAGUCAAAACAUGUAUGAGCCACCAAUUCCUGUAAAUCCGGAUACUAUUGGUGCAAUGCUCCCUAAACUGGGGGAUUUGCUUGUGCUUUUGAAUGUGUCAUCCGACGACAAGGUAUUGCCUACAACAUACGGUGAACUGAGACCUCCACUUGGCAAGCAUCGAUUGAAGAUCGUGGAGUUCAUUGCAGAACUUUUAAAAAUCAGAAAUGAAGUGGCAGAAAAAGAAUUGGUCAACUCGGGAACCAUUGGACGAAUUGUUGACCUUUUUUUUGAGUAUCCGUUCAAUAACUCGUUACACCAUCACAUAGAAAGUAUCAUAUUAUCAUGUUUGGAGAGCAAAGCUGAUGCCAUUGUUGAUUAUCUUCUCCAAGGUUGUGAUUUAAUUGGGAGGUUUCUCCAAGUAGAUAAACAAUGUGUUCUUUCUGCUGAAGGCAAUCAGCGAACAAUACCUGCGGAUGGAAAACGGGCGACCCGGGCGGGAAACAUUGGACAUAUUACUCGAAUUGCUAAUAAACUCGUUCACUUGGCUCAUAACCAAAGCCACAUUCUAGCACGUCUUCAGGAGAACCAUGAGUGGAAUGAAUGGCAAGCUACAGUUCUUGAGGAGCGGAAUAAGGUUGAGAAUGUUAAUCGCUGGGCUUGUGGACGUCCAACUGCAUUGCAAGAUAGGAUGAGGGAUAGUGAUGACGAUGAAAUUCAUGACAGAGACUAUGAUGUUACAUCAUUAGCAAAUAAUUUGAGCCAGGCUUUUGGAUACAAAAUUUAUGGAAAUGAGGACAAUGAAGAGGAGCAUGGUGGUGUUGAGCGAGAUGAUGAGGACGUGUACUUUGAUGAUGAUUCUGCUGAGGUAGUCAUAUCUUCCCUUAGACUUGGUGAUGAUCAAGGGAGUAAUCUGUUUACAAACUCCAACUGGUUUGCUUUCCAAGAUGACAGAAUUGGUGAUGCAAAUGGGGGAACAUCAUCGUCUGAGAUGAUGGAUGAGAUAAACUUUAAUGGAGCUGCAAAUGGCGGUAGCAACAGUAGUGAUGAUGAUGAUGAUGAGGUGGUGGUUGGAGAGGAUGAAGAAUUGACUGACAGCAAAGAUACUGUGAAUGAUUUUGAAAGUGAGAAAGCAAGCACUUCGCAUGACAUGGGAUUCUACAAAUUUGAGGCAACAGACAAUGAGGACUUGUUUGGUGAUAGACCUUUACCAGAUUGGGUGGGAUGGAGUGAGCCAUCAGAUAUACAAGUGGCUAGCUCAAGUAUGAAUCCUUUUCUGGAUCAUAGUGAACCAGGCAGUAAUUUGGCUAGUAAGUCAUUAGGCGAUCAGAAUCCGAAUUCUUCAAAUGGGGAACCUGUGCUAUCAAAUGGGUCACCAAUUACUAGAGAUUCAAUGGAUGCGGAUGAGGACUCAAGUCAAAGAUCGGUAUCCGUACCCUCUUUAUUUGAAGAGGAUGUGGAGUUUGUGGGUGUAGAGUUAGAAGGCACCGGUAAUGCAAUGGAACAGGCCCUAAAAGAAGGGAUAGUUGGGGAAGCAGGGCCAUUAAAAAGAAAUGUAUCCCCGAAAGGGCCAGAAAAAGAAAAUUCUGAAGAAGGUAGUCCUGGUGUGAAGGAGUUCAAUGAUACAAAUUAUUGGAGGGUUGACCAAGAGGUUGCUGUUCUAGAGUAA